AUGAAACCGCCAAAAGUUCCGACUGGGUUCGCGAUCCUAGACCUACCGAGACCUAGUGAUUGCAUAACCAAGUGCUACAAACUCAUCAAGAACCUUUACGGCCUCAAAGACGCGGGAAAAACAUGGUUUGAUUUCCUCUCCAAAGGGCUAGAAGAACGCGGAUGGACACCUUCUUCAGUGGAUGCGUCCCUAUUCACAAAACAAGGCAUCAUGUUAGUUGUCUAUGUGGAUGACGCUAUCCUCAUCUCACCAGACGAUUCGCUCAUUGAUUCAGAGAUCCAAUCCCUCAAAUCCUCCUACUUCUUGACAGACGAAGGGCCUCUAAAGGAUUACUUGGGUACGAGAUUUGUGCGCGCUGAGGACGGGACUAUCGAAAUGACCCAACCAAAAAUGAUUGAGCGGGUGCUUGAGAUCGUGGGGUUGAACUAA